AAUUGAAACUGUUAUCGGAACACUUCAAAAUCAACGAGCUCACGAGGAUGUCGGCCGUUUCAAUCUCCGUCGUCAAAUCUGACUUUUCCACCGUCGAAGCCAUAUCCGUUACACAUCAUCGGACGCCGCCGCCACAAAUUUUUCCUUCGCUCCGGUUUCCACUAUCGCUCAAGUCCCCGCCGGCUACUUCUCUUAACCUUGACGGUGGAUCAAAACUCCUCCACGUCUCGCGUCUUCCUUGUAUCAAAUGCUCAUCUUCUUCAUAUACUCCGCCGUUAGAUUUAUCGGAGGAACAGUUUAUAAAAUUUAAACAAGCAUCGGAAAAGGGAAACUUAGUUCCUCUAUACAGAUGUGUAUUCUCGGAUCAUUUGACUCCGAUACUUGCUUACCGAUGUUUGGUGAAAGAAGACGAUAGAGAUGCUCCUAGCUUCUUGUUUGAGUCCGUGGAGCCUGGUUUGCAAUCCUCCAACAUCGGGAGGUAUAGUGUAGUUGGAGCUCAGCCCACAAUAGAAAUCGUGGCAAAGGGAAAUGUAGUUACUGUGAUGGACCAUGGAGCUGGUCUUAGGACUGAGGAGGAAGUGGAAGAUCCAAUGAUGGUUCCUCAGAAAAUCAUGGAUGAAUGGAAACCACAACGCAUUGAUGAAUUGCCUGAAGCUUUCUGCGGUGGUUGGGUUGGAUACUUCUCAUAUGACACUGUACGUUAUGUUGAGAAGAAAAAACUGCCUUUUUCAAAUGCUCCAGAGGAUGAUAGGAGUCUUCCUGAUGUUCAUUUGGGCCUUUAUGAUGAUGUGAUCGUGUUUGAUCAUGUCGAGAAGAAAGCAUAUGUAAUCCACUGGGUGCGGAUAGAUAAGGAUCGUUCUGUUGAAGAUAAUUUUACUGAUGGAAUGAAUCGGCUGGAAUCUCUAACCUCUAGAAUUCAAGACCAAAAACCCCCCAAGAUGCCUACUGGUUUCAUAAAACUACGCACUCAGCUCUUCGGUCCUAAACUGGAGAAAUCAACUAUGACGAGUGAGGCAUAUAAGAAGGCAGUGGUGGAAGCCAAAGAACAUAUCUUGGCUGGGGACAUCUUUCAGAUAGUUCUUAGUCAGAGAUUUGAAAGGCGGACGUUUGCGGACCCAUUUGAGAUAUAUAGAGCUCUUAGGAUUGUAAAUCCAAGUCCCUACAUGGCCUAUUUACAGGUAUACUCCUUUGUUCCUCUUUUCCUUACAUUUUUCAUGAAAGUUAAUAUUACUUAUCUGUGGUUACAGGCUAGAGGAUGCAUAUUAGUUGCUUCAAGUCCAGAAAUAUUGUUACGUUCAAAAAAUAGGAAAAUUACCAAUCGCCCCCUUGCUGGAACUGUCAGAAGAGGAAAGACACCUAAAGAAGAUCUAAUGCUGGAAAAAGAGCUCUUAAGCGAUGAAAAACAAUGCGCAGAGCAUAUUAUGCUUGUUGAUUUGGGAAGGAACGAUGUUGGCAAGGUUUCAAAGCCCGGUUCUGUGGACGUUGAGAAGCUCAUGAAUAUAGAACGGUAUUCACAUGUCAUGCACAUUAGCUCCACGGUAAAAGGCGAAUUACUAGAUAAUCUAACAAGCUGGGACGCUCUUAGAGCUGCACUUCCAGUUGGAACCGUCAGUGGAGCCCCAAAGGUAAAAGCCAUGGAGCUGAUAGAUAAACUUGAAGUAACAAGGCGUGGUCCUUACAGUGGAGGCUUUGGAGGCAUUUCGUUUAAUGGAGACAUGGACAUUGCCUUGGCUCUUAGAACAAUGGUCUUCCCAACAAACACCCGUUAUGACACAUUAUACUCUUACAAGCAUCCUCAGAGACGUCGAGAGUGGAUUGCUCAUAUCCAGGCUGGAGCUGGGGUUGUUGCAGACAGUAACCCCGAUGAUGAACACAGAGAGUGUGAGAAUAAAGCAGCGGCUUUAGCACGAGCCAUCGAUCUUGCUGAGUCUUCCUUUCUUGAGUCACCUGAGGAGGUUACCACUAUCACACCUCCUCACAUCAACAAUGUCUGAGCAUAAGCAUUCUUGUUUUUUACUUUUGAUUUCAGUUUCACUCACUCAAACAGCUGUUUGAUUUGUGAGAUUGGUUCUUUUGAAUAUUAGAAUUUAGGACUUUGUCCGAGGUUUUGAGGUCUGUCAGGACCAAAAGCUGCUAGAUUUAUGGUUUUUUUUUUUAACAUUACAGCUUGUAGCAAAUAUUUACAAAAUUAUUUCAUAUGGUCGAAUAAAUAUAGUUGGUCUA